UCUAACAAUUUUUCUAAAAAUAGAAUGAUUUAAGUUGUCGGUUAUUACUCUUUAUCUUUUUUUUUUUUUAAUUUAUUUUUUCAAAAAAGACAUAAAACAAAACACUCCAUAAUAUAUAGCAAUGUUCUUGCUUGAGUUAUGGGAUUGUAAAAAGUCAAGAAUCAGAAUCUUUAAUAAUAUUAAGAACUACUCAAACUCUUUCACUUUACUCUUAUCUCAUUCCAACCAUUUUUCUUUUUAAUUUAUAAUUUCAUCACUUUCUUUUUUCUUACUUAUAAUUUCUAUAAAUUUUGUUUAUUUUUGAAAAAUAAUAAUAAUUUCAUUAUCCAUGGAUGAUGCUAAGGCUAAACCCCAACACCAAGAACCGCCGAGGUUCACUCUCGGUAAGCAGUCAUCGAUGAAACCCGAAAGGGACGAAUCGGCGGCGGCGGAGGAGGAGGAGGAGCUGGUUGAGGCCGCCAUUGACCAGAGAGUCAGACUAAUGUACUUGGCUAACGAAGGAGAUAUAGAUAGUAUUAACGAGCUGCUUGAUGAAGGUACUGAUGUUAAUUUCAAGGACAUCGAUGGCCGUACGGCUCUUCAUGUCGCCGCUUGUCAGGGUCGACCGGAUGUUGUUCAGGCUUUGCUCGGAAGAGGCGCCGUGGUCGAUUCUAAGGAUCGGUGGGGAAGCACGCCUCUUGCAGAUGCUGUUCAUUACAAGAAUGAAGAUGUGAUCAAACUUUUAGAGGAACAUGGUGCAAAGCCUCCGAUGGCUCAUGACAUGCACGUUAAAAAUGCUCGCGAAGUCCCUGAGUAUGAGAUUGAUCCCAAGGAGCUUGAUUUGUCUCAGAAACCCAUAACCAAGGGAACAUUUCAAUUAGCAUCGUGGCGUGGAAUUCAAGUUGCUGUCAAAACACUUGAGGAGGAAGUACUUACUGAUGAUAAUAAAGUAAAUGCAUUCAGGGAUGAACUCGCAUUACUUCAAAAGUUGCGUCAUCCAAAUGUUGUUCAAUUUUUGGGUGCUGUAACACAAAGCAGUCCAAUGAUGAUUGUCACGGAAUAUCUACCAAAGGGAGACUUUUGUGAAUAUCUAAGAAGAAAAGGUGCAUUAAAGCCAAUUGGUGCAGUGAAGUUUGCACUAGACAUUGCUAGGGGAAUGAAUUAUUUGCACGAACAUAAACCUGAGGCAAUCAUUCACCGGGAUCUUGAGCCUUCAAAUUUAUUGCGGGAUGAUUCCGGGCAUCUAAAAGUUGCAGACUUCGGGUUGAGUAAGCUACUGAAAGUUGCAAAUACAAUUAAAGAAGACAAACCUGUGACUUGUCAAAAUUUCUCUUGUCGAUAUGUCGCUCCUGAGGUUUUUAAAAAUGAAGAAUACGAUACCAAAGUGGAUGUUUUCUCAUUUGCUUUGAUUUUGCAAGAGAUGAUUGAAGGUUGUCCACCAUUUUCUACCAAGCCAGAAACGGAUGUUCCAAAAGCAUAUGCUGCAAAUGAGCGCCCACCAUUUAGGGCUCCACCAAAGCAUUAUGCUCAUGGAUUGAAAGAGUUAAUUGAGCAAUGUUGGAGUGAGGAACCAUUCCACAGACCAACGUUCAAACAAAUAAUAAACAGAUUGGAGAACAUCUAUGAUCAAUUUGCUCGGAACAGGGGGUGGAAGGUAAGGCCACUUAAGUGCUUUCAUAACCUUGGGGCUAUUCUGAGAAGGAAUCGUACGAGUCCAAGCAGUAGAUCGCACUCUCGUUCUGGUCCUACCAGGUGACCGUUGGGGUUGGAGUCAAUGUGUGUAGAUGUUGUGCUUCUUUUUGCUUGGAACGAUAUUUUCUUUGGGUUAUUUUAGCAGUAGGAACCAAAAUGUAUCGACUCUUGACCCUGUUUUUCAUUUCAGUGGUAGCCAUGCCAAUCUGUUAUUCAUGGCAUGUUAACUAAGUGGAAGCAAAAAAGCAUGUGAAUAGAAAAUUUGAUGUGUGAACUUUCAAUCCUAUUUCCUUUGUUUAUUAGACUGGUUUCAGUUGGCCUUGUGAUAUAGCAGCUGAUAUGUCAUUUUUUUCAAAAA